AUGCCUGUGGUGAAGAAGUACAAGAAGAAGGGCUCCCAGGCCCUCCAGGACGCCACGGAGAAGGUCAGGGAACAGCUAGCCCAGGCUGAGCUCCGCACACUGAGACAGCAGUUCCGGAAGAUGGUGGAAAGCCGCAAGUCUUUCAACUUCCGUAACCAGAAUAUGAUCGCCAGCCAGUACAAGGAAAUCCAGAGCCUAAGGGCGGAGCAGGAUGAGCUCUCGCUGCUUCUGGGCCUCAUGAAGUCCUCCAAGAACCUGCGGCUGAGCGAGAAGAACUACCUGGAACUGCGGUUCCUGCUGCAGGCCAAGGAGGAGUACGAGGGCUUGAUUAAGUCCAUGAGGGUGCUGUUAGCCGAGCUGGACGAGAAGAUCGCACAGAUGGAGAAGAAGAUCGCCAACCAGAAGCAGGUCUUCCAGAAGAUGCAGGAGGUGCACAACCCCCGGAAACUGCAGAAGCAGAUUCAGAUCCUGGAAACGCGUUUGAACCUCGUCACCGUUCACUUUGACAAGAUGCUGACCACCAACGCCCAGCUCCGGAAGGAGAUCGAAGCCCUGCGGUUCGAGAAGGCCGCGUAUGACAACGCCUACCAGCAGCUGCACCGGCGCCUGCUGAUCCAGAAGAAGACCAUGAACAUGGCCAUCGAGCAGUCGGCUCAGGCCUAUGAGCAGAGGCUGGAGGCCAUGGCUCGCAUGGCUGUCAUGAAGGACCGGCAGCAGAAGGACAUCUCUCAGUACAACCUGGAGAUCCGAGAGCUCGAGCGCCUCUACGCCCACGAGACCAAGCUCAAGUCCUUCCUGCUCAUCAAGCUGAAUGACCGCUCUGAAUUUGAAGAGCAGGCCAAAAAGGAAGAAGCUCUCAAGGCCAAGAAGCAUGUGAAGAAGAAGAAGAAAGGGGAGAGUUUCGAGAGCUACGAGGUGGCCUACCUCCGCCUGCUGAAGCUGGCCCAGGACGGGGACCUGAACCGGCUCACGGAGGAAUUCCUGGCCAAGGAGGACAAGAACUUCGCUCGGUUCACGUAUGUCACAGAGCUCAACAACGACAUGGAGACGAUGCAUAAGAAGACCCAGAGGAUCCAGGACGAGAUCAUCUCUCUGCGAUCACAGCAGAAGUUUUCUCACAGUGACAGCAGCUCCAUCCUGAGGGAGCUGGAGGAGCAGCUGAGCAGGACGGCAGCGGAAGCAGACCUGUACGAGAGCAAGCACAGGGAGAUGAGCCGGAUGCUGCAGCUGCUCAAGGGCACCGUCGAGAAGCUCUUCAAAAAGAUCAACUGCGAUGCCACCAAGAUCCUGGUGCAGCUGGGUGAGAAGGGCAGCGUCACCGACAGCAACCUCUCGCAGUACUUCGCCAUCAUCGAGAAGAAAACCAACGACCUGCUGCUGCUGGAGGCCCAGCGCCGCCUCCUGGACCUGGCCGAGAGCGAGGGCCCCACGGCCUUCGUCAACCCCUUCUGGGGUGGCUCAGCCUUGCUCAGGAUCCCUGAACCCACGAAGGUCAUCCCGCCCGUGUUUGGGACCGACCCCUUCAGCGACAAGCUGGAUGAGGUGGAGCAACCGCUGGACCACGGCAGUCUCCGGCAGCUGGUGCUGGACAACUACGUGCUGAAGGAGACCCGCAGCAAGGAGACGCGCCGGGAGAGCGUGCCGCCCGAGAAGGGCGAUGAGCUCAAGGCUCGGAAGAAGACGGUGGCGUGA